CCCCGCCGUCUAACUCACCACCAUGCUGCAGAGCAAGUCAUUCGUGAAGAAGACGAAGCAAGGCCGCAUCCAAAAGGUCGUCAGGGAGCACUACCUCCGCGACGACGUCUACUGCGGCUUCGUCCCCUGCACCGCCUGCGCCAAAGCCGCGGAGCGAAAGCUCGGCGCCGCUGCCGCCGCCAUCCUCGUCGUCGACACCAACGUCGUGCUCCACCAGAUCGAUUUGCUGGAGAACCCGACGAUUGAGGAUGUCGUCCUGCUGUCAGUGAUGCUGGACGAGGUGAAGAAUAAGAACCUUUCAGUUUUCAACAGGUUCAAGGCAUUGUGUAUCAACAAAGCACGGAGAUUCUAUGUUUCCGCCAACGAGCAGCACAGGUUCCAUGAAGCUAACAAACCUCCGGACAGUUGGUUUGAUCUCAAAGUAAACACACAUGUCUAUGUAACUGGUUUGCCUGAUGAUGUCACGGUGGAGGAGAUUGUGGAGGUAUUUUCCAAGCGCGGAAUAAUAAAGGAGGACCCAGAGACUAAAAAGCCACGAGUGAAGAUUUAUACUGAUAGAGAAACCGGCAGGAAGAAGGGUGAUGCCUUGGUGACAUAUUUCAAGGAGCCUUCUGUAGCUUUAGCGGUUCAAUUGUUGGAUGGGACACCAUUCCGUCCUGGUGGUAAGACUCAUAUGUCUGUAAGUCCAGCCAAAUUUGAGCAGAAAGGUGAUGUUUUUGUUUCAAAGAAAACUGAUAAGCAAAAGAAAAGGAAGAUAAAGAAGGUUGAGGACAAAAUGCUUGGAUGGGGUGGGCAUGACGAUAAGAAGCUGAUGAUUCCUGCUACAGUAAUUUUAAGGCACAUGUUCACUCCUGCUGAGCUGAGAGCUGAUGAAGAGCUUCUUUCUGAGCUUGAGGCUGAUUUUUAG